AUGGCAUCCCAGCUUCUACCAUUAGAACUCAUCGACAAGUGUGUCGGCUCCAGGAUAUGGGUUAUCAUGAAGGGUGACAAGGAAUUCAGCGGAACCUUACUGGGAUUUGACGACUACGUCAACAUGGUCCUAGAAGAUGUAACUGAGUUCGAUUACUCUGGAAACCAUACGAAGCUCUCCAAGAUCUUACUAAACGGUAACAAUAUAUGCAUGUUGAUUCCGGGAGGAGAAGGGCCUGUGGCCGCUUGA